CUGGAAUCAUGGGAGGUCGGUAAAUUGAAAUCCCUAGACAGGCGGAUUUAAUUUCAGGAAACUACACAUCGGAGGCUCCGCCAUCGUCUGAAUCUCUUAUAAAACCGACCAUCAGGCAUCAGCGAUGACCGGCGAAAUAUGAACGGAAACAAGAACAGGAGAUCUUCCGCCGUCGGUGACAGGUCGAGAGGCACAACCUCCAGCGACGUUUCCGUCGGGGAAAUGAAGAAGAAAUCGACGCCGGGAGUGGGUAAUAAGGACGGCGGCGGGUGGUCGCUGAGAAACGCUCAUUUCACGACGUGGACGGCCGGGGAUGCGUUGAGUGUGGCGAGGCAGCACACCGUACUGUGCGCCUUCUUCUUCGCGGUUCUGUCAUUCAUGGGGGUGGAGUACACCCUGCGCAUGAUACCGCACAAUUCUCCGCCGUUCGAUCUCGGGUUCGCCGCCACAGUCCACUUGCACCGCACGCUUGCUUCAUCGCCGGCGGUCAAUACGCUCCUGGCGGCCCUGAAUACGGCAUUCGUGGGGAUGCAAACGGCUUAUAUCAUUUGGGCGUGGGUAAUUGAAGGGCGCCCAAGAGCCACAAUCUCGGCUUUGUUCAUGUUCACCACCAGAGGAAUUCUGGGCUAUGCUACUCAGUUACCUUUGCCUCAGGAUUUCUUGGGAUCAGGAGCUGAUUUCCCAGUAGGGAAUGUGUCUUUUUUCCUGUUCUACUCAGGGCAUGUGGCGGCUGCUGUGAUUGCUUCUCUUGACAUGAGGAGGAUGCAGAGGAUGAGAUUGGCACUGGUCUUUGAUGUGCUCAAUGCUUUGCAAGCACUUAGGCUGCUCACCACCAGGGGUCACUACACCAUUGAUUUGGCUGUAGGUGUUGGUGCCGGUCUGCUCUUCGAUUCUCUGGCCGGAAAGUAUUUAGAACAUAAAAAAUUGAACUCUUGAUGAUAUCUGUCACUUGGCAUUUGUAGUGUUAAAUUUUGUUACUCCCUAUUUGAUAUUCUGAAUAAACCAUAGCCGAAAUUAAUCUUUUACUGGCCUUGUAUGUAUCUGAAUUCACACUGCAUUGCGAAUGUCUAUUCUCAGUGGUUGAAAAUUGAUCAGACUGUUCCGUUUUUUCAUGGAUUUUUCUACUCAGUUUCAUGGGAUUUUGGUUGAAUCUAUACAACCUUAAUUUGGGAACGUCUGAAGAUGCGUUUUAUGUCCGCCAAUCUUGCUAGCUGUAUGGAGUUGAAAUGACUUUUAUCGCAUGUUCAGACUUCAGAAUACAGAAUCUUAGAGUCUGGAUUACUAUCCCUCGAUGUGAAGGUCAUGACAGAUUCACUUGCAGCUAAUAACUCUCCAGUUUCCAUGAUCUUCUUCGGUACACCAUUCUUGGGCUCGAUUUGGAAUAUGAGCCCUGGUUACUUCUGUCUCGUAUUUUCCUGGAUCCCUUACUUCUGAUGAUCUCUCCGUAUGAAGCUUAUUGCACAAGAAUAACAUGUCUUAUUUCCCUGGGCAGAGGAUGCUUCUGCAUAUUCUCAUCUAUCAGGUCUUUGUUGCAGCCUCUUCGGGAACUCUCCUGUAUCCUGACCACCAGUUUCCUUAGACAGAAACAUGAGUCUUCUGUGUAAUUUCAAUGUCCUAGUUGUCUGUAGAUACAUUUGUCUCCACUAAUAUCAUAACUAAACAUGUCUAGAUGCUCACUGAAUUCAUUCAACUCAUUUCCCAACAAUGUCUUGCAUCCUUGUCUCAACCUUUAAUAUCCAAAAAUGAUGCCACACUCUAUCCCUUUAAAGGAAGCAACAUAUACAUUGUUUCCAUAAAAAAAUGUUUUAUAAUUCCUCCCUAAAAAUGUUGUAAGCC